ACGCCCUCGGUCGAAGCGCUAUGAGGUAGAGAAGUCCGAUGGCAGCGGGGCGAUGCAAGCUCGAAGUUUCGCGGAUGUAAAACUAGUCACGCGAUGCGCGAAUGUCAUUGAACACGACGUUUUUAGACACGAUACUCAAUAAUGGGGUGUCAGCCAAGGCACAUGGGUAGAUGAGGCUCUGUAUUUGGGGCCGUUAACCAGUUCUUGUAGGCUUUCAGCUCCCAGAAGAGACGCACUACAAUGCUGGAGAUCAUCUCCUUGUACAACGCUGCUACACCGCCCCAUCCUGUCCACGAACUCGUCCAGAUAUAUUCUGUGCGCCCUCGCUCAUUUCGGUUUUCUGUUCGACCGGAAGCCUGGCUUCCGAUCGAGCGACCUACCAACGGCUUCUUGCUGCCGAGCGAUGCGCAACACUUGCUCGACCCACAACGAUGCGCAACCUGCGUGUUCUCAGCGAGGGAGCCGCAUCGGAUGCGGAUGGGCGCGCACCUCGCCAUCGACGUCCCCAUCGCUGCUUUCCCACAGCUUCUGCCGAGCAUGUGCGUCGGGCAGCGCUCGAUCUCCUAG